AUGGAUCCUCCGCACGCCGUUGCCCGCGGGGCAGAGCGCCCGGAUGGGGCCGCGCGCGAGCACGCGGUCGCGACAGGCCUUGCAGUCUCGAGAGGAGCCAGCGGUCGUUAUGGAACCGCUGCGGAACCGGGGCAUCACGCGCAAGGUCCCGAAGACGAUGGCCUCGACCGCGACGACCAAGGGAGCCGGCAAGAAGACGGUGGUGUUGAUGUCGGCCACGCGCGCCACAACGACGACGACGACGGCGACGACUACGGCUGCUAUCAAGGCGGUCGGCGUGCCUCAGCCUCCGCCUCCGCCUCCCGAGAUGGACAGCUCGGACGACGAGAUCUCGAUGAUGUCGAUGACGAUGACGCCGCCGGGGGUGGUCGGUCGCCGCUCGCGGUGAAGCGCAACGUGCAACUGGGGCGGCGGACGGCGGGGGCGCGGGGCGUGGGCGACAAGGUCCGGCGCAAGACUGUGCGCAAGAUUUCGUCGUGGGUGCAAUGCGGGAGCAGCGACGAUGAGCUGUUGUUCUGA